GCUACAUCGUUUAUCAUUGUAAUUAUUGCCGGACGUAACCACUCGAACGUCGAAUUUUAUAUAUAUGCCUCUUCCCAAGACGUUACCGGCCCCUUCUGGAGGUGAUCCCGGCUCACAGCAGUCUAAACGUUCGGGAAGAAUUCUCGGCGAGCGAUACAAAGUCGAACGACGUCUAGGAAGCGGAAACUUUGCAGUUGCACACUUGGUGACAGACUUGAAGGCUGCAGGAGAGCUGAGAGUGGUCAAGGAGUUGCCAGUGAGAGAUAUUGAACCGGGCGAGACGGUGGAUGCUGCCAGAGAGGCGAAGUUGUUGUCGAAACUUGAUCAUCCAAACAUUGUCAAGUUCCACGACAGCUUUGUAGAGGAGGACUGCUUUUGCCUUGUCACAGAGUACUGUGAGGGUGGCGAUUUGGAUGACAAAAUUAAGAAAUGGAGACAGUCGGAGCGUCAGUUUGACGAGCAGCUUAUUCUUGCAUGGUUUGUUCAGUUAGUUAUGGCUGUCCAGUACCUGCACGAAAGACGUGUACUGCAUAGGGACUUGAAAGCGAGGAACAUAUUUCUAAAGAAUAACAUGAUUAAAUUAGGUGAUUUUGGAAUUUCUCGGAUUCUGAUGGGGACUUCAGAGUAUGCAAGCACAUUUGCGGGAACGCCUUACUACAUGAGCCCAGAAGUUUUGAAACGAGAAAAUUACAACUCUAAGUCCGACAUCUGGUCCCUUGGAGUGGUGUUGUAUGAAUUGUGCUGCCUGAAGCAUGCCUUUCAUGGAAAAAGUUUUAUGGACGUCCUGACUGGUAUUGUUCACGGUGACACUCCAACACUUCCUAGCAGAUUUCAUCCCAGUCUACAGUCACUUUUUUCACGGAUGUUGGAGAAGGAUCCACAGAGGCGCCCAAGUGCAGUUGAGGUGUUGAAGGAUCCUUACAUCAGUGGACAUCUUCAAGAUCUCCUGUCAAAGAUGACACACAAGGCUAAAAGUGGAAACGCAGAAUCAGAUGCACAAGAGAUUCUACAUGCCUUAGGCUCGAACAGAAGACGGAAGAAGGCACAAUCUCCACCAGCAGAAAAGACACCGAGGCAACAGCUAUUGGAACGGAAGCAACAGAAAGCCGACAAAGAAGCUGAAAGACUGAAGGAGUUAGCUCGUGAGAAGCUCGCUGAAAACAGACAGCGUUAUUCUGCUAGUAAACAAGGACAGCACCAGUAUGUCCCACCGUGGGUACAAGAACACCCUGAUGUGUUCAGUGACUCCGCGUUCUCCAUUACUUCUCUGUCCAACUCAUCUCCUGUGUCUUCACUUUCUCCAUCCUCUCCUCCGUGUGAAGUUGCACAAUAUGCAGUACCACAAGCCGAUGACAUUCAUCAGAAAUUGGAAGAGCAAUCGUCAGCUGCAGAAAGAAGAGAGAGUUGGCGAGUUAGACAUAAAGGCGGCCCAGUGUCUGCUUGGAAUGAAAUUCCUAACGAUCCACAGGCAGCAGACACUUACUACACACAGGUUGAUACCUUUGAGAGUUUUGAGAGUGACAGCGAGAAUGAUUAUGAUGCUCUAAUUGACUGCAUGGAAGGAGCUCUUGACUUAUCAGAAACAGGGGACAGCUGCUCAAUCACAGAAGAAGAAGAAGCCUUGUCUGCUGGCAUCCCUGCUGCAAGCGCAGAGCAUAAAAGAAAGAAAUUGAAAGCUGAUGCCGAACGUGCUUUGGGUGUUGAGCAGUUCAAAAGAGUAUAUGACUUCCUCAAGAUGGCAAGGAAAGGAGAUCAAUCCCGAGGCAAACCUCCAAUAACAGAUGAGAAUAUUGUACAAAAUGAGCUUAGGAAAUUAUGCGAUCAGCCAAGAAACUGCUUUCUAGUGGAUCAACUGAUAUUCAUGGAAGACAUGCCACCAUAGCAAUCUUUGUUACUUUUAUCAGAUAAAUACAGUAUUUACAAAUAUUGUCUUGACAGUCUUAUGAACUUAGUUGAAGAAUCCAUUGUUACAAGAUGAUCUAUCUUAAUUAAAAAUGUACGUUGAAGUUGAUCUAGUGUAAAGAAAUCUUGAAACAGGAGUCAUAAAGUAACUCUUAGCUUUCGUCUGUUUUGUAAAAGUGUUUGUCAUAUCAUGCCCAAAAUUGGAUUGUGUAAAGUCAUAUGAGUACUGGUAGCCACUAAUAAC